AUGCAUACCAUUACCCUUCUGCCCUUCGCCCUCGCCGCCUUCGUCGCAGCUAAACAGCACCACACAUCAUCCUCAUCUCAUAGGUCUUUGGGAGGGACUCAUCCGUCUUCGCAUGUUACGGCGGUAAAGCCAACUCUGAAGCCGACUUCGAUCCAGUAUGACCCCCUGACGGCUCACGCGUUAGGUGGCGAAGGUCUCCUCGAGCGAGACGGCCUUGAUAGCGAGGACAAACGAUCGGCCUCCUCUGACGCCAUUCGGGCGUGGGAGAAGGCUCAUGGCGGACAGCCCGUAAACUAUCAGGCCAUCCCUAGUGCUGGAACACCAGAUGUACAAGGACAUUACUUCGAGCCUAGAGCGGCAGAUAACGAGGGCCAUAUCGCUGACAAGUCCCGCGAGGAGCUUGACAAGUACUAUGCCAACCUCGCCGCACGCUGGGCUUCAAGUCCUCCCACUCCUUCUGCCGUCUCGCCAACGACUACUGCUAGUCGCUCCCAUACCAGGGCUCACACCCAUACUGGCACGCACACCCGCCCAUCAACUGGCAGCUGGACUCACAAACCAUCCGUUACUCACACCCAUAGUCCCAUCUCCGGUGAUCCAUGGCAAGCAGGGCCCCACAACCACGGCCCGCACGAACACCACUCCCGCUCAGCAAAAGAACUCAAUGCCGAACUCCUGCACCAAGCAAUGCCACACGACCCGCAUAUCGAGCACCUGCACAAGCGCUCUCUGAACGAAUACUACACUUACCUCUCCGCGCGCUCUAUUCCAGAGUUCCCAGAGCACGAUGAAGUGGACACUUCGCUGGCCGGGUAUCCCGUCCCAAACGAUAACGCCGAUGGUGCGCAUGAGCAUUACGCUCGUUCAGCACAAGAACUGAACGCCGACCUCCUCAGCCAGUCGAUUCCGCCCCACCCUCAUCUCGACCACCCGGAUAACCCUUCGCUGGAAGAAUACUACGCGUACCUGAGCACUCACUCCGUUCCGGACUUUCCAGAACACGACGAGAUAGAUACUUCAUUGGCUGGCUACCACGUCCCAUAUGACCAUGUCAUUCCCGUCCCCGCCGCCGCCGCACCAAUUAUCACACCAGCACCGGUCUUGAAAGUCAGAGGUCUCAAAUCGUAUUGGGAGACCUUGAAGAGUGAUGAACAACAUGCAGGCUAA